CAGCGGCCGGGGCGGCCCGCGCCUGCGGAGAGGGCAGGGGCGCAGAGCCGCGCCGCGCAGCGCCGCGCCGCGCCAUGGGGCUGGAGAAGGAGAAGGCGGACACGCGGAUUUUCAUGGACGACGACAACUUCACCCGCGGCGGCGGCCCCGCGCUGUCCGACGCGGAGAAGAGCGCGGAGGACGAGUCGGACAGGGACCCCAACGGGCUCAACACCCACCUCAAGCUGGGGUUUGAGGAUGUGAUUGCAGAGCCGGAAUUAACUCACUCCUUCGACAAAGUCUGGAUCUGCAGCCACGCUCUCUUUGAGCUCAGCAAGUAUCUGAUCUACAGGCUGGUGACUCUGGUCCUUGCCAUCCCACUGGCCCUGGUUGCUGGGAUUAUCUUCGCCGUGCUUAGCUGCCUGCACAUCUGGAUUGUGGUGCCCUUCGUGAAAACCUGUCUCAUGGUGUUGCCUUCAGUGCAAACUGUAUGGAAGAGCCUGACAGAUGUUUUCAUUGUACCAUUUUUUCAGAGCAUAGGCCGAUGCUUUGCCAUGGUUAAUAUACACCUGGAUCAAGAGUAACUGUCAGGAAUGCAAAAAUUAUAAUUGUAUGUAAUUGCAGAAGGUGUUAUACCUCUUUGCUAAUGUAACAUGCAAGCACUUACCAUUCACUCCAAACUGUCACAAUAACAAUGGCUGGUUUAAGCGGGAACAUACUAUUUUUCAUUUCUUUUCAGGGAUCAAUUUAAGAAAAAGCGGGCAGUUUUCAUAUCUUACUAUUUUAACAACAGAAGGAAAGUGAAAUACAUUGGCAACACUUUAUUUUAAUGACACUUUGAUUGUUAGAUUGCAGAAGAAUUCUUAUGGAGGUUUAAUAGCCAUCACAGUGAUAAUGUUUUAAAUUGCUAUGACUGGGACUGGCGUUAUUUCAAUAAAUAUUUAAAUUGGUAGGAUGUGACACUUUGAAUGACACUGAUCUCUAGGGUUUCACAUUGACUACUGGAUUCCACCAGAGAUCAUUCUGGCCCUCGGCAUGAUAUGCUCAAUUACUAUUUGCAGCAGGUUAAAGGAAUAUGACUCAUUGCAUGCAACAUACAGAUAAGAGAACUGGUGUGUAAUUCUACCAUACUGGGGAAAAGCUCCCCAGAAGUUUAUCCCUUAAAAUAAGGUUUUAGCUAAUGAUUGGAACAUCAGCUAAUCUGUAUAUUUUAUUUAAUGAGAGGUUAACUUUGCUGUAUAUUUUGUAUGUAUGUAAAUGGCACUUGAUCAUUAUUCUUUGAAGCAUUAUUUCUAUAGUAUUUGUAUUCUAACAAACUUACUAAGCAGAAAGAGUGAGACACUGCAAAAAAUAGAUAACUAAAAAUUAGAUAAAUAAAAUUUCAGUUUUUAAAUUAUGCAGAUUUUUUAAGUGUUGCUGUGCAAUUCUAGUAUAUCUUUUAUAUAUAGUUGUGUGUAAAAGCAAAGAUUAUAAGUGUUUUCUUACAACACUAUGCAAAAGAGUUGGGAAUAUCUGUUUAUGAGAAUUGUUUUUUAUUAAAAGUGGGCUGCAGUAAAUGCAGCCCUGCUAUUUCUGUGCGUUAUCAGCAACAUUGUGAUAUUUAAAAUGACAGACACUAUGCAGGCACUUUAACUAGCUAGCAAGCUCUUAUAUAAGGCACAUGAGUGUAAUUGGUAUCCUUGUCUAAUUCUCCUCACCUAUUGACCUGACUCGCUUUUUGCUUAUUUACUGCUUUAAAGCCUAACCCAUAAAGAGCUCUUCUUUCUUCUGCACCUAAUUAAACUUUGUAAACCAGAGUAACAGAACAUAUGCAGAGGUACAUUAAAACUACUUUAGCCUUCUGAUGGGUUUAUGCUGCUGUUUUAUAUAAAUACUGAUGAUAAGCUGCAAUUGUAAAAAGUUUGUAUGAUUUAGUUUGUUGCUUUCUAAAAUGAUGUCACAGAUUUCUUAUCAAACAAGAGGUAUAUAAUAAAAAAAUAAAAUGUCAGCUUUUUCGUAUUUUAACUUAAUUUUUUCAGCUUCUUCAACUUUUUUAAAAGCUCUGUAAAAUGUAGAAAAGCAUAGACUACUAUGUAAUUUUUUCCAAAAUGCAGGGAAAGAAAAAAAAUGAAUGAGCAUCAAUACAGUUCCACUAUUAUCAAUUGAAUUCAACUUAUAUUAGAAAGUGAUGCAUCUCUCUGUGCUGGAUUAAGCCCAAACAGAAUGUUUUCUCUGAAGCAGGUCUCUCAGUGAGGAAUUUUGGCUAUGUUUAGAAAAAUGCUUAAUUCUUUUUAAAGGAUUCAUGCUUUAUUUAUAGAUGACCUGCAGAAUUUUCCUUUUCUUGCUCUACAGAAGCUAGCUAACAUUACAUAUUCUUUGCACAUAAAAAGCUUUGCAGGAACUCAGAUCUGGAUCCAAACUUUGAGACUAUUUCCUAGGGAAAAAUACAUCACUCUAGGUCAUGCACUACUGGAUAUAUGUAUUCUUAAAUAGCUUACUGAAGUCAUCCCAGCUCUAGCUCCUGCAGAGAAUCAAAUAGAAUGAUUUGGCUUGUUCUUAUUUUGAUUUGAGCCUUUCUGCUUGCUAUUUGAUGCUUUUCAGUCUGUCAUUAAUUGAUUCUUUUUAUCAUUUCUCUAACUGCAUCACAAGACUAAAGCAAGCUUGCAAUGAAAAAAGAUCUUAUUGAGUAAUUAAAGCUGUCAGUUUCUUGCGUAUUUUACAGCAGUAUCUUUCUCUGGAAGAGAUGCUUUUACUAUAAGAAAAUACCAAACUGGCUUUUACACUUACAAGAAAAUAGUAGAUUUUUGGCAGAUACAUUUACGUCAUCCGUGAAACGAAAGGGAGUGAAUAUACACAGACUUUUCAAUACUUAGGUGUGAAUCUGCCCCAGGCAAUGAAGCCUGGCAAGUAUUCUCUGGUUUUUGUGGAUUUGACAGUACUGGCACACAUCAAAAAGCUCUGCCACAGUUGUUACUAUCAAUAGCUUAUAGCGCUGUUGGACAACAAGGACUGAGUGGGCAUUGGCACUGAACUGUGUUCUUACAUAUAGGGACAGAUUCCUUAACUGUGGCUGUGUCUUCUGAACUGUGGGCAAAUCAUACCAGCUAAUGCAAUAACAGCAACUUACAAAUGAGAAUUUGAGCAAAAAGAAGAGUCCAGAAAGGUAGAGUUCUGAGGGUAAAUUGAUAAAAAAGUAUGAGGUGUUCAGACUCCAACCUGCCUCAUGCUACCGCAGAUCUUAGGCUUACAAUCAUGAACUGGAGAUUUAGCUCUGUUGUGCAGAAUGUGUCAGUAUUACAUUUUUCAUGGGAAGAACAAAUAUAGAACUAACCUCAGAAUUGUCUUUAUGUUUUUUUUUCUUUUAGUUCACAAAGAAAUUUAAUCUAAUUCCUUAUGAGAACUAUUGAGUAACAUCCUUUUAAUGUGACUGCAGAACGUUUAUAUUUGUAUCUUAUGUUUCCUGCCCUUACUUGUUCACCAUAUAAAUUUGGAUAAAUUCCUAACUGAAAUUUUGACAUAUGAGUGAAGGAGGAGACUCUUCUCAGCUAUCCAAAAAGCUCUCUUAGGCAUGCACUGACUGAAAGGGUCAGACUAUCCCUGCUGCUCUGGGACUUGGACCACACACUCAUAUUUAGGAGAAGCCAAGGAAUAGUAAGUUCAUUAUUUUUACAGGGUUUGAGCUUUCCCCCACCUACAGAGAUAAAACUGUUGCUGAAAAGCUUUAAAAGUACAUGGAAAAAGAUGUGUUUUUGUUUUUAAAAAAUAAAAUGCAAAUGGAACAAGGUCAAACACCAGGCAUUUUCUACCAGUGCUGUCUAUUAGUACACGGUGCGGAGAAAACUAGGGCUAAAAACCUGCAGUGAGUUGACUGAACCAGCAUAACUGUGCAUGGUAAAAACUGAGGUGCUUUCUUCACGCAAUGGUUCACAAAUGAGAGGUGAAUUCCUAAAGGCUAAUUUUAUCCUAGUGACACUAACCUUGCUGAUUUUGUUUGGUAGAGAGCGAAAAGAAAAUGGCUUCAGUAGGGGCAAUUCAGAAGGGCUAGGAUGGUUUUGUGCUCUGUAUCACCUUCCAGAAAGACUCCCUUUCAUGCUGUCUCUAGCAGAGAAAGAAGGGCCCCUUCAGAAGGCAGCUAAGCAUAUCCUACUUUAGACACUUGGAUGGAAUAAAAUGUAGAGAUUCCCAUUUUUAUUUCAUAUUUAGAGGAAAACUUGUCUAUUUUUCCAAUUCAGUUUCAUUACAGCUACUUCUUCUCCCCAUGUACCUGGCCUCCCCUUUUUCUUUAUGCUAUCACAGCUAUCCCAAUGCUACAAAUAUAAACUAAGAUCGGGCGUAAAACUUCUAGGCAGCUAAAGCUGGUUAGAAAAAAGUCCUGUCCUAAACCUCAAGGAGCGGGUGUUUGAGUCCCAUUAGAGAAUAGUUCUCACAGUCUGAUAUGCUUAUAGGAAACCAGUACAGUUAAUGAUACAUCAGAGCUGGUGGAAGGAUAUGCAACAGUAGCAACACUGAGACAAAUGGAUAUGGUCCAGCUUGGCAUUUGUCAGGGAAUUUGACAUUAAAAGAGAUCGAGGAAAGUGUGACUCAAAUUGCUCAAGGUCUCAAAACCUUACAUCCAGUUGACAGAAUUAAGCUUUCAACCUACUUGCCUUACCAGCCAAGGCAGUUGCUGGUUGUCUUCAUCAAGACCUACGGGGACUAACUCUAAUAAAAGAAGUAUGCACCUAAAGCAGGAUUAAGAUGGCUGUCAGGCAUUUACAUCCAAAAUUGUAAUCCCUGCUCAGCUGCCACCCAACCUGAAACAUGCCUAAACUCAGUAGGCACCACCCUUUCCCGUAACAUUCCUGCCGUACUUCCAGUUUUAUUUUCAGUCAUGCCUAGAACUGCUCUUGCUUGAGUAACUUGGCACCUAACUCACAUCUAAGCCUCAUCAGAACCCCCAAAAAUAAGGGGAAAGAUUACCUCAACACCCUGAAAAUACACUUUGUGCACACAAGCAGUUUUCACGGAGUGAGUUCCAGUGUACUAGUGCACCACAGACAGGCAAAAAUAAUCUCAGCUCUCCAGGCCAGAUAAAAAAUACUUACAUGACAGCACUGUAUAAAUUCUUUAAACUGGGGAUGAUGGGCACCCACCUAAGUUCAGAUUCAAUGACUUAAAAUUUAAAAUACGGAAAGCCUCCUGAGGAUGGAGACUGACCAACCACCAUGAAUGCUCCAAAUCUGUAAAUCAUGGAAUGAGCAAAGCAUCAGGCUUCAUUUUAAAGCCAUCCCAAUGCUUACACAGUAAGGAGAAAACAGUAUCACAGCUGAUAAAAGCUCAUUACCAAAGGUUCUGGUAGCUUAGGCUUUCAUCCAGCAAAACUCCCAAAACUGUUAAUAAGUGGAUGCACUUAAGUAGUUGAACAGAAGGCCCUAAGAAAAACAGCGAUCUUCCUCCACCAGGCCUUAGUUUUGCAAGUGUCCUGCAUAAGGAAGGUUGCUCGCUGAUCUCUGUCAUCUGAUGGCCUGGAUGCUGUUGAGACUACACAUAAAGAAAACAGUUCCCAGGGCUGAUACUGACCUUACUGACUUUGGAAUAUAUCAGGAAUAUUGCUAAUAGCAUAAUCGCAAUAAUUACACAACUAAAAAGGAGGGGGGGUAGGAGGUGUGUGGAGUGGAGGGAGGGGGAGCAUUUGAUAUCAGUCAAAGAGAGUGAGCAGUCAUGCACAUCCAGUUCACCUUCAUGACUCACUUUCUGACAUUGCUGUUUGAGGAAUUUCAUCCAACCCAAUUUUUGUGCUGGGCUUUUUGGAAGAAAUAUUUCCUGCCAGUAAGAAAAACUUUCUCACAAUGGAAAGAACUGCUCACAGCUUGCACAUAUGCUGCUCUGUAUUUACAGUCAGCUCUCAAUUAAGAUAAUCCUAAGGUUUGAAAAUUCAGUUAAAGCAAAGCUUUGGAGCAUACAAAACUUAUUAAGAUUAGGCAUAAAAUGCCCAAAGCUGAUGUGAUGGAGAAGGAAGAAAGGCAAUGAGGUGGCCAGCUAAAGUAGCAUAUAUCAAGUCAAGGUCAAGUAAAGAUACACAGCAAAGCUCAAUGAAAAGACAGUUUUAGUGCAUUUUUCAUAUGAUGGUCCAUGUAGCAAUAGGCUGUGAUUUUAGUCCCUGCAGGCAUAAUUCCCACACCUCUGUAACUUGUUAGUACCUAUGUACUUUUCUCUGUAGGACAUCUUCAUAGUAUUCAAAUAAGCACUUUUAAAGUUCAUCAGAUGCAACAGGCCAUUUCAGCUGGUAAGUAGCCUGUUCUGAGGUCCAUCUCAUAGAGGUUAUAAAUUCCACCAGCUUCUAGUACUUCUCUAGCUGCACUAGUGCUGUGAGAUUCUCUCUCUCUCUUUUUUUUUUUUUUUUUAAGGAGGCUGCAGUUCCACAGAAAUUAUUCCAAGUGUAGCAUUUAAAGCUAACAAAUGUAUCUCUUAAUUUAGUCAUCCUUGAGGUAUGCAGUAAUACUGAAUGAUGAAAAUCUUCUGGUGUGCAUGCAAAAAACUGACUAAUUAAAAAAUUUUCCUAGCCUAUAAAACAAAGACCUGUCUUUCUUCAGAUGGGCUGACAAUUUUAAAUGAGACUAUGUCCCUCAGUCCACCCAUUUAGCUUUAUGCACACACUGAAAUGUUUGGAAAACAGAAGAUAUUUUAAUGAUGAUUUAAGCAAAUUAUUGAAUCAAUAAAAUUACUUCUAAAAAUUACAACCAACUUGGAAAGUUGGGAAGCAUCCACCUCAAAGGCAUUUGUUCUAAAGUUUGUGAGCAACAGAAAUUCUUAAAGUUCACUGCUGAUGACCAUUUCAGUAAUAGAUGUCCAUGUGGCCUGCAUUUUUAACAGGUGCAUUUAUCUGUGGAGUCUACUUCCAUUUAGCCAAUGGCCUUUUUGAGGUUAUUUAUCUGUUGAGUUGCCAGAGCCAACUAUAGUGCAGUCUGAAAUUUUCUGCUUCUCUUGCUGCAAAUUUGUGCUAAAUGGCAUAACACUAACCUCACUUUAUUUUUCUGUUAAUGUGACAAAUCUUACACUGUAAGUUGUUUUCCUAGCGGAAAAAUGGUUAUUGCAAACACGAAAAAAUACAGGGCCAUAACUAAUAGUUUAUGGAUGAGCAGUGCCUUUGUAAUCCUAACCUGAACUGUCUUGAACACUGUAAGGGACCCUGAGAGCUGUUACAACAACACUGCAUGGGACUUUCAGGACACAUGGCAGUGUCACAGCAUCCCACCAUGCCUCUUUAAAAGUAAAGUCUCAAUGGUUAAGAUGCAUGACAGACAUGCAUGGGUUCAGUCUUCUCCCAAGAAAAAAUAUUGUACAGUUAAAGUGCAGGACUGUUAAAUGUUUAAUACUGUUAAAUAAAAUGCAUACUUUUGAAGUGAA